GAGUAGCCAACUCCAACUUUCCAACCUAAUGGGAAUCCAUAGAAACUUGGCACUGUGGCUGUCUCACUAUAGUAGAUCUACUGUUAUAUCACCUCUACCGUCACAACAACACAGAAGCCCGCCGGUUUCUAUUUAUAGAGAUUCACGACCCUGAGGACAAGGCACAAGAAGGAAUUUAGAAACAACAUUUGUGAGGUGUGUUGACAAAUUGAGUUAGCUCGGAAGGUAGCCAUAUUAUGGACACAGAAGAUGGACAUGAGUUGUUGCUGUUUUUUUAAAAUAGGGUUUCAUUAAAUCUAUUACAUAAAAUGAUUUUUUUAAACAUUUUUAAUUUAAAGAAAAUGACAUCGGUUUAAGCGUAGACUUGAUGUCAUGUCUAUUUUCGGCCAAAAUUACCCUUGGUGGAUAGCGAGAAGUAACUCAUUUUGUCAGCACACCUCAAGUUUAUUUACGACCACAGCCAACAGCUACUGGAAGCUGAGAUGGAGUUGUCACUUCUGAGUUGGGCUUUGAUCGUCCUGGUCCUUCUCCUGCUAUUCUACGUCUACUAUUCAACGAGGACACACGGGCUCUUCAAGAAAAUGGGCGUGCCAGGCCCCACCCCCUGGCCCAUCAUUGGCACCUCCAACUCGGAGAUAAAACUUGGUUUCACGAAAUAUCACCGGGAGGCAUACGAGAAGUACGGGAGGGUGUAUGGCCUGUACAGAGGAAGACUACCAACUAUGGUCAUCUGCGACCUGGAUGUGAUCAGAGACAUCUGUGUGAAAAACUUUGACCACUUUGUGAACCGGACAACGUUUGAGACAGAGGAGCCUUUUGCUCACGCCCUGACUCAAGUCAAAGAUGAACACUGGAAAAAUAUUCGAACUGUGGUGAGUCCAACGUUCAACACUGUCCGACUAAAACGCAUGUUCACUCACAUCGAGACUAACGGCAAGCUUCUGGUGAAAUUCUUGGAGAGCAAACAAGAGAGAAAUGAGCCGGUGGAGCUGAAGGAGGUCCUGUCUCACUAUACCAUGGAUGUCAUCGCCAGCACGGGCUUUGGCGUGCAGAACAACUCUCUAGAAGACCCCGACAGUCCUUUUGUGACGGAGGCCAAAAGACUCAUGAGUGGCCCAAGUUUCUUGAUCUUGUUAGUUUUCCUCUUGUCUUUCUUGAAGCCAAUUUUGAAACUGUUCAAGAUUAGUAAGCUUCCUCGUCAGUCUAUCGAGUUUUUCCGCCGGUUUGUCGACGCGGCUGUAGAGAGUAGAAAGAGUGAGGCUGAAGAAGUUCAGUCCAGAAAUGAUUUUCUCCAGCUGCUGAUGGAAGCAAUGCAUGACAAAGAUGGAGAGGAUGAUAAUAUGACUCCAGAAGAAUUAGCGGCCUUGAACUCCAGCGGUGUCAAACGAAAGCUUAACUACAAAGAAGUAGAGGCUCAGGCUCUCCUGUUCCUGUUUGCCGGCUACGAGACAUCGGCAACCGCUUUGUCCUUCACCUUGUUCCUCCUGGCCUUGAACCCUGAGUGUCUGCAGAAAGCCCAGGAAGAGGUAGACCAAGUGUUGAAGGGGAAGUUCCCGGACUACAACAGCACCCAGUCCCUACAUUAUCUCGACAUGUGUCUGAACGAAGGCAUGCGGCUGUUCCCUCCAACUCCUCUACUUGAGCGUAUGUGCAGUGGUGAUAUUGAACUGAGAGGCAUUCGCAUUCCUAAAGGAAUGAGUGUUACAUUUCCUGUGAGCGCCAUUCACCAUGAUCCAGAGCUGUGGCCAGAGCCAGAGAAGUUUAUCCCGGAGAGAUUCACCACGGAGAACAAGGCCAAGCGUCAUCCCUACGCCCACCUGCCCUUUGGACAGGGUCCCCGCAACUGCGUCGGGAAGAGGUUGGCCCUGUUGGAGAUGAAAGUUGCUUUGGCUGCCAUCUUGCAGAAGCUGACUCCAGUACGCUGUGAAAAGACCGUGUACCCGGUGACAUUCCUCCGUUUCCGCAUGACGGCCAAAGACGGACUGUGGGUGAAGCUGGAGGCCCGCCGCUGAUUGGCUUUGUUUCCUUUUUCUUAUUCAGUUCGAAACGGCCAGAGACGACCACCCUUUGUUCAGGAGAGAGUGACAGUAUUAUACAGAUAGGCAGAUGACUGUCAUAAAAAUAAUUAAUUAAUAAAUGAAAAAAAAACCCACCUUAAAAUCUGUUUUCCUCACCAGCAGUAGACAUGUACUGGUAUCUAGAAUCAAUUUAACUUAAUUUAGGGUCCUUUUCUGUAGCUCAUAACUCAUAAUCUGCAGUUAAACCCGUGCUUUCGGUGCGUGUCUGAAUUACUGAAUUUAUUAAUAAAUAUAUUACAUGAA